CAAUUCACUUAAUCUCAUUCCAAACCAUCUCUUAUCUUUAAAACAUACUAUCAAUUAGUCUCUCAUAAAAUUAGCUAGAAUGAAGAAAAUAGGCAUGGUACAAAGCUUUCUUAGACUAGGGUUGCUCACACUAGUUUUGAUAGGGACGAGCCAAAUUGUUGGGGCUCAGGUUGAAACUGAACUCAAGUGUUCUGCAGACAAGUUCUAUAAUUUGUUUAGGCACAAUAUGAUGCACUUGACUACCAUUUUUCCUGAAAAUUUCAAGAGCAUCAAAAUUGUUAAAGGUGAUGGUAAAAGCGUGGGUUCUAUAUGGCAAUGGCAAUAUGUUUUACCAGGAGCGUCUUCAAAAGUAAUGUCUCUCAGGGAAAUUGUUAAAUUUGUGGAUGACGAUAAUAGGUCAAUCACAUUCAGUGUUGUGGGAGGAGACUUAAUGACUCAAUAUAAGAGUUUUGAUGUCACAAUGACGGUAGCUCCUAAAGAUGUUGGCAAUAUUGAAGAGUCUGGUAGCAAAGUGAAGUGGUGGAUACAGUAUGAGAAACGAACCGAAGAUGUUCCUAGUCCAGAUGCAUAUAUUGGCCUUGCAGCUCAUGUUACUAAAGAGUUGGGUCAUUACCUCCUCCAGUAGUAGCCUACUUCAAGACUGCCUGGAAAGCGGGUACCUGGAAUCGAUUGUUUUCUUUCGUGUGUUCGGGUGUCUUCCCGUUGGAAUUUGCUUGGGAUCCGCAGUUGAUAAAUGUGUUGUUGCAUUUUCUUUUCUUAGUGUGCAUGUAAUUAUGGGUGUAAUGUAUAUAUUAUGGGCUUUGCUAUUACUCUUGUUUGUUCCAA